UUAUUUUAGCUUAUUAUUAGGUAUUGUAGCUAUCGUUAAAAUAAGAUACAAACAAUAAUACGUAUAAUAAUCCAACGAAACCCACGAAAAUUCAGUACAACCCAACAGCGAUUCGUACGAUAGAAAUCAUUAAAAAAAAUUAAUACAAUAAAAUAUUAUAAAAAAUUAUAGAAAAUUUUGAAUGGUGAUUGCAAAAGUUUAAAAUAGAAGCCACUAAAAUAAACGCGAUACAACAUAAAUCCCUACAGCAAAAAACAACAGAAAACAACAAAAACAUAAACAAUGGUAAACUCUAGAAACCACAGAUUCUUACAACAGAAACUAAUAGAAUACAAUAAAAACACUAGAAAUCUAAAUAAUGACUUGCAGCAGAAAACAACAAAAACCAACAUAAUACAAUUAAAAACACUAUAAAACAAUAGAAAUCAAUAGAAUACCAGACAACAGAAAUCACCAAAAACCAACAGAUACCAACAUACUUUUUUUUUUACAACAGAAACCAAUAGAAUACACUGAUUUUUUUAUAUUUUUUUUUCGUUUUUUCGUUUAUGAGCUAAUUGCUCCCAAUAGAAACCACUGAAACCCAAAAAGCCAUUGUGUUAACAACAGAAUCCGAUAAAAUACACUUAAAUCAUAUGUGUCACACAGUAGGAAACACUGGGAUUCCUGCUGUAUUUUGUUGAUUUCUGCUGUAAAUUUUUGUUAGGGUAUAGCUCAGAAACGCGUUUCCCCCUCCCCCCUCCGACUUCAUCAUUCUACACCAAUGACGAUGUCAAAAGUGAAAACACGCAACUGUUUUAUCAUCGUGGUUUUUUAUCUACAACACUAAGCGCUCCUUAUCUCAUAGUGACUAGGCCUGAUAACAUCUUUCAAUUCUCUGUGAAUUAGUCAGUUGUCUUCCUAGGCUGCAUUGUGCAUGUAGUGAACAACUAACAACAUAUUUUACUAGUUGCCAUGCCAUCCCCCAUCGUCCGUGGUCCUCCUCGGCUCGCUGUCCAGGACACGUCGCUCGGAGAGAAACUCUACAGAAACCUGCUCGAGCAAGGCGACAAGACAGUUAUGGUGGACGGACUGACUCGCCGCGAGAUGACGGCCAGGCGGCUGCUGGAGCUCAGCUCGAGGCUGGCCGAGGGCCUGCGGGCCAGGGGCGUGCUCCCGGGAGACACCGUGGCCGUCUGCAGCGAGAACUCGCUCGAGUACUGCCUGCCCGUGCUGGCGGCCCUGUACCUGGGCGCGGUGUGCGCGCCGCUCAACGCCACCUACACCCCUAGGGAGCUGCAGCACGCGCUGGGACUGUCGCGGCCCAAGGCGGUGUUCUGCUCGCGGCUGACGGAGGACGCCGUGCGGGAGGCGGUGGAGGCGGUGAAGGCGGCGGGGGCGGAGCCGCUGGUGGCGGUGCUGGACGGCGACCCGGGCCUCCUGCCGCUGGCUGCCGCGGUCGGGGUCUCCCCGGGCUUCGCCCCUCGCCCCGUGCCGCGGCCCGAGGACCAGGUGGCCUUCGUCAUGUGCUCCAGCGGCACCACGGGGCUGCCCAAGGGCGUCCUCAUCACGCACGCCAACAUGCUCUACUGCAACGCCUUGCGCAGGUACGACAAGAUACGGGGCCCGUCGGACGUGGACAAAGUGCUGGCCUACCUGCCCAUGAGCCACGCGCUCGGCAUCACCAUGCUGACCGCCUGUCUGGAGGAGGGAGUCCUGCUCAUCGUCAUGCCGUCCUUCCAGCCGGACCUCUUCCUGCAGCUCAUCCAGGACUACAAGGUGGAGUACGUGCCGCUGGUGCCGCCCCUGGUGGCGUUCCUCGCGAAGCACCCGAUGGUCGCCGACUACGACCUGAGCUCGCUGCGGCGCGUGUCGUGCGGCGCGGCGCCGCUCAGCGCCGACCUGCUGCGCCAGUUCCUCGCGCGCUUCCCGCACGUCCAGCACGUGACGCAGGGCUACGGCCUCACCGAGUGCACGCUGGGCGCCGUGUUCACGCCCUUCGGCAGCGACAACCACGCCUCCGUGGGCACCGUCGUGCCCGGCAUGGAGCUCAAGAUCGCGGAUCCGGAGACGGGCGCGGCGCUGGAGGCCGGCCGGCGCGGGGAGAUCUGCUUCCGCGGGCCGCUCGUCAUGAAGGGCUACGCGGGCGACCCGAGGGCCACCGCCCAGGCCGUUGACGGCGACGGCUGGCUGCGCACCGGAGACGUGGGCUUCCUCGACCAGCAGGGCUUCCUGUACGUGGUGGACCGCAUCAAGGAGCUCAUCAAGUACCAGGGCUUCCAGGUGCCGCCGGCCGAGCUGGAAGCCAUCUUGAUGUCGCACCCGGCGGUGAUGGACGCGGCGGUGGUCGGCGUCCCAGACGCGCGCGCCGGGGAGCUCCCGCGGGCCUUCGUCGUCAAGAAGAAGGACGUCUCCGAGCGCGAGCUCGUGGACUUCGUCGCCAAGCAAGUAUCGCCGCCCAAACGGCUGAGAGGAGGUGUGCAGUUUGUCGAUUCUAUCCCGAAGAACCCAAGCGGCAAGAUAUUACGACGUGAGGUUAAGGAAUUAUAUCUUCCAAAUUCUAAGCUCUAAAAUACAAAUAAUUUUGAAAAUGUCACAAAAAAAAAUUUUACCUGUAAAUAUUUUUAAUUUUUUUUUAAGUUGAACUGUUUAAUUACAGAGAUUGUUUUGAAAAUUGUAAAAAAUAAAUAUAUUUUUCCAUU